AACAAAACAGGGACCUACCAGUCACAGUGUUGGAUGUGAUGUAAGGAGUACCGGUACCGAUCUCUUGAGCGGUGGUUUUACAUCUUUAGCCUUUUUAAAGGUAAUUUUCUAUCACAUUGGCAAUUCUAGGAGGACACCAAGAGGUUGCAUCCCAGCCUUUUCAAUGCAUUGCAUCUACUGCAUCCUUUUCAUGGGAGAAUUAUUAUCAAGGAUCUGAAAAUGAAGGAGGAAUCUCAAAGUCUUCAUCUGUAUUGUCAGACAAUACUAGGCCCACAAUGCUCAGAGAAUGGGAUCACACACAACAUUGAGACUCUGGAAGCAUCUGGAUCUCAGCAGAACGAAAUAGAUGGGACAAGCAUUAAAAAGGAGAUAAUAGAUGAAGGAGAUAGUGACCUUGAUGGAAAAAAUGGAUCAUCAAGUGGAUCAAGGCUGAAUAAGGAAGAUAGAGGAGUUCUUGCUGAAAACAGCGGAUCGUGUGAAUGUGAGAUGACAGAAUCUACAGGAAUUGUGUGUACACUCUGCAAGAAGAAACUUGAAUUAAGGGACGAAAAUGUCAAAACGCCUUUUUCUGAAGAACACCAGCUUAUGAAACAUGUCCAAAAUCAUGUUGGAAUAUUGAAUUCAGACGCGUUCCAGUGUUCAUAUUGUAAGGAGUCGUUUUUGUCUGAUUCUGACCUUGUGAAACAUGGAAGAAUGUGUACUCAGAAGAAUACUGAUGAAUGCAUUCAAAGCACAAUUUCAUUUGCUACAAUGAAUGGUGAUAAGAUAUGUAGUGAACGUACAGGUGAUGUUGAGCCUCAAUUCCCGUGUUCUGAUUGUAAUGAGAUAUUUUCUUCCAUGCAGCACUUAGACAGGCACUUAGAUGGAGAAAAUCUUCAAGAUGAUGAAGCAGUGUUUGCUCAAAAACCUUUCCAUUGCUCUAAGUGUGAUAGAAGAUUUCCAUCUGAAUGUGGUCUUGCUAAUCAUAAAAGAAAACAUGAAAAUAGAUCAUAUAAUUGUUCUCACUGUAGCAAAUCUUUUACAUCUACAAGAGAGAGACAAAUUCAUGAAAAAGGGCAUGGAGACAAAGACCCUCUUCAAUGUCAAUAUUGCGGGAAAAAAUGUAGCAAAAGAUUUUUUCUAAAAGAACACAUAAGAACUCACACAAAUGAGAGACCAUAUCAAUGCCAAUACUGUAACAAAAAAUUCACUAGAAAAGAUACUUUAAUUUCUCAUAUUAGAAUUCACACAAAUGAGAGACCCCAUCAAUGCAUACAUUGUGACAAGAAAUUCACUAGAAAAGGUAAACUAAAUGCUCACAUUAAAAUUCAUACAGAUGAGAAACCUUAUGAAUGUACAUACUGCGGCAAACUAUUCAUCCAUAAAUGUGCUUUAAAUGUUCAUAUUAGAAUUCAUACAAAAGAGAAGCCUUAUGAAUGUGCAUUCUGUGGCAAGAAAUUCAAUGCAGAAAUUGAUCUAGAUAGACACAUAGAGAUUCACACAGAAGAGGAGCCUUAUGAAUGCAAACACUGUGCUGAAAAAUUCAACAGAAAAAUUGAUCUAAGUAGACACUUUAGAAUUCAUGCAGAAGAUAGGAAUUAUGAAUGUACAUACUGUAGCAAGAAAUUCAGCCAAAAAUACCUUCUCAGUUCGCACAUGAGAAAUCAUACAAAAGAGAAACUCUAUCAAUGCCAGUAUUGUGGCAAGAAAUUCUUAUUUAAUAAUCAUCUAAACGUACACAUAAGAAUUCACACAAAAGAAAAACCUUAUCAGUGCCAGUAUUGUGGCAAGGAUUUCAACACACAAAAUUGUCUAAAUGUUCAUAUUAGAAUUCACACGAAAGAAAGACCUCAUCAAUGUCAAUAUUGUUGUGAGAAAUUCAUCACAACUACUAAGCGAAGUCAACACAUCAGAAUAGUUCACACAAAAGAAAAACCUUAUCUGUGUCAGUAUUGUGGCAAGAAAUUUGGUGAUAAGAAGUCUUUGACUCAACACAUAAGAAUUCACACAAAGGAGAAGCCUUAUGAAUGUAAACAUUGUAGCAAGAAAUUCAGUUCAAAAAGUAAUCUAAACGUACAUGAAAGAAUUCACCUGAAAUAGAUAAUAAUAAUAAUGUUUUAUUUACCCAGGGUAGCCACUUCAGUUAGGAAACUGCUCUACCAGUGGGCCCUGCA